AUGGCUAUGGAGCUAAGCAUUUUGACGCUGAAUAUUUGGGGCAUUCCGUACGUGUCGAAGGAUCGGGAGGUACGCGUGAAGGCCAUCGGAGAUGUGCUGGCCAGCGGUAACUAUGAUAUCGUGUCACUGCAGGAAGUGUGGUCAGACAGCGACUAUCAGUAUUUGAGGCAGCGGGUGGAAAAUGUGCUUCCGUUUUGCCACUAUUUCUACAGUGGAGUCGUCGGUUCAGGGUUAGCGAUUCUCUCGCGCUAUCCGAUUGUAUCGGCUUUCUUCCAUGCCUGGUCCGUGAACGGGUACAUCCAUCGCAUUCAGCACGGUGACUGGUUCGGUGGAAAAGGGGUCGGUAUGGCCAAGAUCGCCGUCAACGAUCAGCUGGUGCAUGUGUACGUCGCUCAUCUUCAUGCGGAAUACAAUCGGCAGUGUGACGACUACAUGGCUCAUCGUGUAAUACAGGCACACGAUACGGCUCAGUUUAUUGAGAGUACGCGCGGACAGUCGGUGCUGCAGGUGCUAGCCGGCGAUCUCAAUACAGAACCGGGCGAUCUCGCUUACCGUGUGUUGGUAACCAGCUCAAAACUGAAGGAUUCGUACGAUCGUAAAGCGAUCGGUAGUGCCGUUGGCACGAAUGAAUGUCACACGAACAGCUACACCGAUCCGACGGCGGCUAAACAGCAACCGAACGGGAAACGGAUCGACUACGUCAUGUAUCGUAUAGGGGACAAUUACGAAGGACGUUUGUUGGAGCAUCGAUUACCACUGCCAGAGCGAGUGCCGGGCCAAACGUGUAGCUACUCAGACCAUGAGGCCGUAUAUGCCAAAUUGAUACUGAAAAAAAGUUCGUCCACUUCCACCAUCCAGAACCUGAUCGCCUGCAACAGUGGCAAAGUGCGAGACGAGGAAAGUUGCAGCCGAGAAUCGCGAGAGGAAGUGGCACGGGAAGCAGUGCUGGCACUGCGUGAAAGUGUGGCCAUAUGCAACGAGAGUCUAAAACAGCUGGAAUCGCACAGGCGCAGCUACACCCUGAUGGCGAUCGGGGUGAUCAUCGUGUUGAUCAAUUUGCUCGAACUGCAGGCGCCGUACGGGUUGAAGAUUGCAUUUUUGGUGCUCAAAUUUCUGCUCUGUGCCGUCAUCAUAUUCUUCGUCGUAAUGGCCACUAUCUGGAACGUGAUGGAGAAGCACGGCAUACUCGCGGGAAAACUUUCGAUGGAAAUUGCCCUUAAAGGGUACAGCCUCGACGGGGCGACCGGCGGUUACGGUGCGACGAGUGAAAAAUGA